UUUAGAUGGGUAUUGGGUACCAAGAUAUCAUAUCAUGUGUAAAAGAAAAACUAAAAAAAAUAAAAAACAUUUACCAUAUUUAACAUAGCCAAAGUUGAUAUAUGUGUGCAUAUAAAUACACCAGUAGGGUUCUAAACAUACUCAUCAACAAGAAGUGUUUUGAGUUGCAAGUCUAGAAAUAUAUACAUAUUGUCUAAUUCUGUUACUUCAAUCUUUUCUUGCUUAUUUUACAAAUUUUAAUAUAUGGACGGCAAGAAAUUGGAGUACAAAGGUGAGGAGGCAUUAAAGGAGCUGGAGAAGCUGACGGCAAAGGCGGAUGAAGUUCAAGACAACAUUUUGAAAGAGAUUUUAAGGCGAAAUGAAAAGACUGAGUACUUAAGUAAGUACAUGCCGGAGGGAUAUUCAAAAGAUGUAUCAAAAUUUAAGCAGUGUGUGCCAGUUAUCACAUAUAAGGGUAUUGACCCAUAUAUCAAAAGAAUUGCUAAUGGAGAACACUCUUCUCUAAUCACUGGUCACCCCAUAACAGAGAUGUUAUGCAGUUCGGGCACUUCGGCUGGAGAACCCAAGAUGAUGCCGUCAAUUGCAGAAGAUCUUGACCGUCGAACCUUUCUAUAUAAUCUCAUCAUGCCAAUCAUGAACCAGUACGUCCCUGGUCUGGACGAGGGCAAGGCCAUGUACCUUUACUUUGUGAAGUCAGAGAUGUCGACUCCUUGUGGUUUACCAGCUCGGACUGUGCUGACCAGCUACUACAGGAGCAAGCACUUCAAGUGCCGAUCUCGCGACCCUUAUAACGAUUUCACGAGUCCAGACCAAGCCAUUUUGUGCAAUGACAACAAUCAAAGCAUGUACUGUCAGUUACUAGCCGGCCUAGUCCAUCGACGACAAGUCCUUCGUCUUGGAGCCAUAUUCGCCUCAGCUUUACUUCUAGCCAUCUCCUUCCUUGAACGUAACUGGGUCAAAAUGUGCAACGAUAUCCGUUCUGGCCGAUUGGACCCCAUGAUCACCGAUCUCGGAUGCAGGUCAGCCAUGUCAAUCGUACUUUCCUCUCCGGACCCACGUCUGGCCGAUGAGAUUGAGGCCAUCUGUAGCCGUCCAUCAUGGAAGGGAAUAGUUUGUCAGCUUUGGCCUAAGGCCAAGUACAUAGAGGCUGUGGUCACGGGGUCCAUGUCACAAUAUAUACCAACCCUAGAGUACUAUAGUGAAGGAAAGUUACCACUGGUUUGUACUAUGUAUGCUUCAUCAGAGUGUUACUUUGGUGUGAAUUUGAAACCCUUGUGUAACCCUGCUGACGUGGCAUUCACCCUCUUGCCUAAUAUGGGUUACUUCGAAUUCAUACCUUUGGGAGACAAUGGAACACUUUUCAUUGAUCUACAUGAAGAGGAUGAGGUGCCCCAGGAUAAGCUUGUAGACCUAGUGCAAGUUAGACUUGGGUGCUAUUAUGAACUGGUGGUCACUACAUUUGCUGGGCUAUAUCGAUAUCGUAUAGGAGAUGUGCUACAAGUGACUGGAUUCCAUAAUCGAGCCCCACAAUUCCGAUUCAUCUGUAGAAGAAAUGUGGUGCUAAGCAUCGACACUGAUAAAACCAAUGAAGAAGACCUGCACAAGGGCAUCACCAAGGCAAAGGAACUGCUACAACCCUGCAAUGCUCUACUUGUGGAAUACACUAGCUAUGCCGAAACAUCAUCUCUACCGGGACACUACGUUAUGUUUUGGGAGAUCAUACAUUGCACACCAUCAGCAGUGGUAGAUUCACCAGUCACCCGGCCACUUGAUGCAAAGGUGCUUCAAGAGUGUUGCAUUGCUGUGGAAGAAGAACUUGAUUACAUUUACAGGCGAUGUCGUGCUCACGACAAGUGUAUAGGACCGCUUGAGAUACGAGUUGUGAAGCCAGGCACAUUUGAAGCAUUGAUGGACAUGUUCAUCAAACAAGGGGGAUCAAUCAAUCAGUAUAAAACCCCAAGGUGCAUCAAGUCUAAUGCUGCUCUGAAACUGCUCAACUCUAAUGUGAAGGCCUCUUUCUUUAGUCCUAGGGAUCCUACGUGGAACCCUUGACUGAUCAUGUGGUAAUCAAAUAUAUAUAGAAUAGUACUAGCUAGAAUAAGAAGAUUAACCCAUUACCUAACUUGGGUUUGUGGGGUGAUUUUUAUGAGGGUCUUAAUCAAUUAAGAUGCUAGUUUUUGUAUUGAGCUUUUCAUUUUUGUUAGUUCUAAGUUUUUAAAAACUUUUAGUUUG